GUGUCGCACCUCAUCCGCUCGGACCAUGAUGAGCACAGCAACGUGUCUACGAUCCUCAGCUUCUGCAAGCACUGCGGUGAGGAUUACGCCGGCCUCGUGCCGCGACGCUACCGCCUGCUCGCUGAGAAACACAGCGUCACCAUACCCCGCAGCACGGUGUCGCACCUCAUCCGCUCGGACCACGACGAGCACAGCAAUGUGUCAACGAUCCUCAGCUUCUGCAAGCACUGCGGUGAGGAUUACGCCGGCCUCGUGCCGCGACGCUACCGCCUGCUCGCCGAGAAACACAGCGUCACCAUACCCCGCAGCACGAUCUACGCGGCGGAGAAGCAGCGUGGCAUUCGUAACCUGCUCAACGACUACUACCAGUCACUGUGUCGCCACCUCGAUGCAAGCCACAAGGAGCUGCAGGCGAUGGAGAGGCAGAAUCGACGCAUCCUUCACACGAAGGGGGAGCUGAGCCAGGAGAGGAGGGAACGCCACGAGGCAGCGAUCGUAGCCUACCAGAAACUACUCACCAACACACAGGCCUUCUCUAUACUGUUCAAGGACAGCGACCACGCAGUGGCGCCCCCUACCGCGGCCGAGACGACUGACGAAGCCCUGCUGGAGGAGGAGAUGGCCAACCUGGAGAUAGAGGAUGCUCGGGAAGCUGAGGAGAAGCAGGAGGGGGGAAGCCACGAGCCGGAGGAGGCUGCAGCACCCGCGGUGGUUACAGAUGCCGCAGGAGCCGAGGAGGAGGUGGAGACCUCUGGUGGCAGCAUGAUGAAGCAUCUCAUGGACGACUACCUCGGGCGUUUGCUGCAGUGCAUCAACAGAGAUCUCAUCGACAAGGCAGCGAUGGACUUCUGCAUGAACCUGAACACGAAGGGAAACCGCCGCAAGCUCGCGCGAUGCCUGUUCCUCGUGCCGCGAACAAGGCUCGACCUGCUGCCGUUCUACGCCCGCCUGGUGGCAGCACUGUUCCCGUGCGUUCCGGACGUCGCCACCGACCUCGUGCCGAUGCUGAAGAGCGAGUUCAAGUUCCACCUGCGGAAGAAGGACCAGCUGAACGUCGAGUCGAAGGUCAAGGUCGUUCGCUUCAUCGGCGAGCUCACCAAGUUCAAGAUGUACACGAAGGCCGAGUCACUCUACUGCCUCAAGCUGCUGUUGUUUGACUUCACUCACCUGAACGUGGAGAUGGCAUGCAACCUGCUGGAGACGUGUGGCCGCUUCAUGUUCCGAUCACCGGACUCCUACCACCGAACCAAGGUCUACCUGGAGCAGAUGAUGCGUAAGAAGAGCGUCAUGCACAUGGACAGCCGGCACGUGACUAUGAUCGAGAACGCCUUCUACUACUGCAACCCGCCCGAGGUGCAGCGAUCGCAGGAGAAGGUUCGGCCACCCAUGCACGAGUACAUACGCCGCCUCAUCUACAAGGACCUCUCCAAGGUCACCAUAGAGAAGGUACUACGGCAGCUGAGGAAGCUACCGUGGAACGACCGUGACGCGGCGUCGUACACGACCAAGAUGCUGUCGUGCAUCAGCAACGUCAAGUACAACAACAUACACUGCGUCGCCAACCUGCUCGCCGGACUCGUGCCGUACCAGGAGCACGUGGGACCUCAGGUGGUGGACGCCGUGCUAGAGGACAUGCGGCUGGGCAUGGAGGUGAACCACCCGCGCAUGAACCAGCGUCGCGUGAGCGGCGCAAAAUUCCUCGGCGAACUCUACAACUACCGCCUCGUCGAGAGCGCGGUCGUCUUCAAGAUGCUCUACUCGCUCGUCACGUUCGGCGGGGGCGCCACCGCGGCGGACGGCGACGCGGUGACCUCCGACCUCGACCCGCCGGAGCAUCUGUUUCGCGUGCGGCUCGUGUGCACGGUGCUGGACACGUGCGGUCAGUACUUUGACCGCGGCUCGAGCCGCAAGAAGCUGGACUGCUUCCUGAUCUACUUCCAGAAGUAGCGUUCUUG